AUGUCAAUUUCGAUAGCAACUGGUAAAAAUAAUACCGAAAAUGUUAGUCUUCAUCCAGUUAAGGAAAAAGAAGAUAUCUUUAAUCUAAACUCAAAGAAAUAAAACUUAGAAAUUCUAGGCAGAAAUCUAGCAUAUAGACCUGGAAUUAAGUCUGAUUUGAUUCGAAGUAACUUGGAAAAGGUAUAAGAGCCAAAAUAAGGAAUUAGCUCUUAAAUCUAAAACAAAGAUGUCGUAGAUAAAUCGGCAACAGACAAUUCAAAAAGCAAUAUGAAAAUAUUAUCUAAUGAAUAAGAAAUAGAUGAUGAUAAGAUUUACAUUCAUAUUGUAACACAUUCGCACAAUGAUGUAGGUUGGGUUCAAACUCCUAGUUCAUACUAUUCCUCUUCAGUCAAAACUAUCAUUACAUCUGUGAUAGAAGCACUUUUAAAGAAUAAAAGCAGAAAGUUUUCGCAGGCUGAAAUAUAUUACUUUCAGAGAUGGUGGGAAGAAUAAACAGAUGAUAUUAAAUAAUAAGUCUAGUUAUUAGUCAAAGAAGGGAGACUUGAGUUUGUUAAUGGUGGCAUAAGUUCUUAAGAUGAAGCAUGUACCAGUUUUGAGGAGGCUAUUAUAAACAUGAUGGUAGGCCACUAAUUCCUAUAAAAUACUUUUAACUAUACAGUAAAAUCAGCCUGGCACUUGGAUCAAUUUGGUCAUUCCUCAGAAACAGUUGACCUUAUGAUUUAAAUGGGAUUUGAAGCAAUAUUUAUGGCUAGAAUAAAUGAUGAUGAGAAAACACAAAGAAAAAUGAGCCAAGAGUUAGAAUUUAUUUGGUAGCCCACUUACAUAGACACCAAAGGAGAAUUAAAGUAUUCAUAGAACAGGAUUUUCACUCAUGUAACUCACGAGUAAUACUAUGCCCCUUGCAACUUGGAAUUAGACGAAAAGUCAACAUCAUUUGAUAGAGAACUGCAGAUGACCUAUCAUAGUAAAAAGAUUAGUUAGGUAAGAAAAAAUCCUAAUUUCUACAUCACAUGCAUCAAGGAAUAUGCAUCACAUUUCAAAACUAAUUAGAUUUUAUUCCCAUUUGGAAAUGACUUCUCCCAUUUUCAUGCAGAUCUAAAUUACCAAUUUCUAGAGGACUAUAUUAGACUUAUUGAUCAAAAUUAGGUUGAAAAGAAGAUUAUAUUUAAAUAUUCUACAACUACUGAAUAUCUCGAGGCAAUUAGCUAGCAAAAGUCUUUGAGGGGUUUUGAUUGGCCUGAGUACCAUGAUGACUUUUUUCCUUUAAAUAUGAAUUUUCCUGGUCAUUAUUGGUCAGGGUUCUACACUAGCAGACCUAAUUUUAAGAGCUAUGUAAGAGAAUUUACAGGAUUAACUUAACAAGUAUCAUCAAUGUUCUCAUUUGACAUCAUGAAAACCUAGAAUAUAACAUCAAAUGAUGAUCUAUUAUCUGGCUACCAGAGAGAUGAUAUAAGUCUGGGUCAAAUUAAAGAAGAUCUGAUAAAUAUGUUUGAGAAGGUAGGUGAACUAGCCCAUCAUGAUACAAUCACAGGAACAUCUCCAAAUUAAAUCAUUUAAAAUCAAGCAUUUGAGGUAAGGAAAUUGCUAGAGAAAAAUGAAGAAUUAAUAGUCAAGAAAAUGAAACAAAAAUGUUUUGAGCAGGGAUUGAUGAUAGAAAAGGCAAAGUAAUAUCUUAAGGGUAUUGAUGAUAGAAGGGCCAACCCUGUUCAAUCCUAAGGCUAAGUAUACUAUAUCGUGUACAAUCCCAAUAUAUUCACUUUGAAUUCGAUCAAAUUUCUGCUAGCUAAUCAAUAUCAAACAGUAGAAGAAUGGGAUGAUAUAAUCGGAAAUUUUAAGCCAAUCAAUAUUCUUGAUAAUUUUUGCUCUAAAAGUGUAGAUGAAGUAAAUGAGUGUGACAUCAACCUUAAGACUAACAUAUAACCUUACUAAGUCAAGAUUUACAUGGUUACAUUCCCUCAAGUACUUAGAGAGUAGCAAAUAAUACCAUUUGGUUUUUCCAAUAUUCAAGACUCAAAACCGUAUAGUUAUAAGACCUUUGUUAUCACUUACGUCUUAACUUUUCUUGAUGAUUCCUAUGUAGGCACGGAGUUAUAUUCAAAUUUGACUCUUGAAGAAUACUAAUAAGAGUUUGGAACUGAUAACUUAUUUAGAUAGCUUGAAAUUUCAACUUAGUAAACAACUAUACCAACUCGCCCACCCAUAAGAAAGCCUAAAAUUCCAAAACCAACUGAUCCAAUUACCUAUCCUCCAAGAAAAAGAGUUGAUUAUAAAUAAUACAGACCUAAUUUAAGAGAUAUUAGGUAUUCGGAUAAAGAUUUUGAAGAUGAUUAUCUUGAUGAAAGCUUUAGAAAAUAGCCAAUGUAUUCUAGUAUAUAUUCUAGUCAAAAGGAAAUAGUUCAGUAUGAAAUAGAACUCAACUACAGCUUGUAUUGCAAUCAAACUCUAAAUAUUCACACGAAUAUUUAAUCUUUAUUUGUUGUUAGUUGUACUGUUAACAGUGUUACCUUUAAAUUGUUGAGAAAUGGUUCAAGUGACUAGUAUUUUGUUUUCGAUUUUAGAUACUACUAAUCAUACUCAGAAUCAGUGUAUCAAAAGAGUGGGUUGUAUGUUUUUAAGACAUCUGAUAACGACUCUAGACCAUAUGAGCACAAGAUUAAUACAAUUUAAGUGUUCCAAGGAAAAUACUCUUCCAUGAUAACGAUUAAUUAUCGAAAUUCGAAUAAUAAAAAGGACUCAUAGGUAAAGUUAGUUAUGAGAGAUGAUGAAACUUAAAUUGAAUUUGAUGUGUUUUUCUCAUAAUUUGACAUUGACAGAUUCGGUAAAGGUAAAGAUGUAACUAUCAAUUGGCAGAGUCUGAAUAUAACUAAUAAUGGCACCUUUUAUACAGAUUCAAAUGCACUAAGACUUGUCAAAAGAAUUAAGAAUAAACCAUAGCCUUAUCCUAAUAUCAAUCAUUUGAAUGAUUGGCAAUAAGUUGCAGCAAAUUUUUAUCCUAUAAAUUCAGGGAUUAUGAUUGAUGAUGCUAAGACUAAAAAUCUAAUGUUUGUAAUGAACGAUAGACCUUAGGGAGGUUCAGGAUAUCAUGAAGGUAGAGUUGAAUUGAUGCUAAUUAGAAAAGGUUCUACUAAUGACGCUCUCGGUUUAGCAGAAGUAAUGGAUGAUUAGAUGAGACCUUAUGUGGGUAUUGAUGUCAGAGCAAUAUUCUAUUUAGAUUUUUCUAGAGAUAAAAAAUAAGCAAUAAAAGAUAUAAUGAAGAGACAUGUAUUGAAUAUGAAUAAACCCAUAUAUUUUUCAAGUGAAAGAGUUGAUAUAAUAUCUAGGAAUAGAUCCUCUUAAAAAGAAGAGAGUACAAUUGUUAAAAAUUUAGAUGUUUAUUUAAAUGAAAUUGGAAUUUUAGACAUUUAACUGAUUCCAAGCGGAGAUUUCAAUAACAUUUAUCUACGGACAUUAUAAUUUACUAGUUAAAGUAAUACCUAAAAUAUCUUGAUUUCUGAAUUGAUGAAUAAGCUUUGCGAAAUCUAAAAUGUAACUGAUUGCUUUCAUUAUAAAAUAGAAGAGGUUUAUCUUCACGGUUAAUAGAAGAAGGCUAAUAAAUUAUUUGGUCUUGAAAAUCAAAUUUCACUUGAAAAACCUCGAAGAAAUAUAAAUUUGGUUGAGUUCGAUGGACAAUCUGAUUAUUUCAUAAUCAAUAAUUACAAAGUUUAAAAAAUAGACAUGAUAGAGGAAAACAAUGGAAAUUCAUCUAUAUCAUCUUAAAUUUCGAAGGUAUCAUAAGUUACUAAGAAAUUAGCUUAGCAAAGUUCUAAAGAUGGAGAUAGAUCAAUUCCUUAGCCUACUUCCAAACCUAACUGA